CAUCUACGAAGCCCACAGAAACUCAACCCAAACCUCUGUUCUCCUCCACCACCGGCGCCGCUGUCCCUGCUUCUGCCAGAACUGCUCUAAAUCGUUGAGGCGGCAAAUAUGAAAGCUACUCGACGCAAAAAUCUUGACAAGUGGAAACAACAACCCAAAAAGAAGUCUAACAAGAAGAUGAAAAUAUCAGGAAAAAGAAGUAAUGAGGAAUGGAAUUAUGCAAAUAUUGACUACUUCAAUAAGCUAUCUGAUGAUGUUAUAACCUUUGUUUUUCUGAGAUGCACCCUCAAGUCAUUAUCCAUGUUAAGAUGUACAUCCAAGUUGUGGAAUAACUUUAUUACUACUCCUUCUUUCAUUCAUUCUCACCUCACACAAUCAACACAAAAUGGCCCCAAACUUGUUUUUUUGCAAGACAAAUGUCUUUACCGGUCAAAUUCGUCCAGGUUACGGUUUGUUUCAGUUGACAUGGAUGGAAGCAAGGAGGAGUUAUACACAGUUACUGUCCCUGAUAUCCAACUCGUAUGUUCCGUAAUGGAAGUAUGCUUCGGGUUGGUUUGCCUUUCAACAGAUUGUCGUCUAUAUUUGUGCAAUCCUGCCUUGCAACAAUUGUGUGAAUUGCCAGAAUAUUCAGUUUCUUCUACCCCUGGAUAUAGACAUUUUGGGUUUGGAUAUCUUCCCUCAAGGAAGGAAUACAAAGUGGUACAUUUUUUCUAUACUACUCCUACAAUGACUAAAAGGUAUUGUUAUGGUGGCAUGCUUCGGGUUUCACAUCUAAAAUGUGAGGUUCUUACCAUAAACAAGUUUGGUGGCGUUUCUUUUAAUAGAUGGAAAGAAAUUGCAGACCGGUCUCCUUGUCUUCCGCUAUCUCAAGGACUGUUAGUAAAUGAGUGUAUGUAUUGGUGCACUUAUUCUCUUUCUCGUCCCCUUACUAAUCCAAUUCUUUCAUUUGAUUUUGAAAGUGAAAAGUUCCUAGUUAUAUCUCCUCCAUCACCUUUUGAAGAUUAUGUGGGCUUGUCUAUGAUGGAUUUGAAAGGGAUGUUUUGCUUGCCAGACGUUGGACGCCUCCGCAAGAGUUCAAUUCUAGACUUGUGGAUACUCAAGGAUAAAAAAAGUUGCAGUUGGGUAAAGGAAUGUAGCAUCCGUUUGAUUGACUUUGGGUAUAACAAUAUUACGUCUGACUGCAAGUCAUGCAAUGAAGAAAUAAUAUUCCGACAUUUGGAUAAAGUGGUCUUCUAUGACCUUAAAAAAAAAUCCUUCAGAGAAAUGGAAGCACUUUCACCUUCUUACAAUCGUUAUGGAAUUUACUCAAAAAGCUUGUUUUCUUUAGGAACCAUAUAAUAAAGUUCUCCACAGAAGCACUGGCCACCCUCCACUUGAUUUUCUUGCCAAAUCUUGAUUCUCAAUCAAUGACCUUUAUUAGUGGCUAAGCUUGAAAUUAGCUCAAGCGUGUUAGAGCUAAUCCUGGCGGCAAAGUGUAUUAGCUUCAGCUGGCAUUUUCUUUUCCUAAUUUAAUUUCUUGUUUUCUGUUAUAUUAUUUUGAGUACAAGUACUGAGCAUAGCAGGUAGUAUAGUCAGAUACUUGUAUUGCACCAUGAUUACUGCUAGUUUUCUCCCUAAA